AUGGUGGUAGUGGGGCCCUUCAAGGUAGUGACCGUCGGGGAUGGUAUGGUAGGAAAGACGUACAUGCUGAUCACCUACGCCCGAAACGAGUUCCCGAUCGAGUGCCUACCGACCGUGUUCGACAACCACGCGUGCAACAUCGUCAUCGAUGGCUCGGACUAUUCUCUUACGCUGUGGGACACGCCCGGCCGAGAGGACUGCGAGCGACUUCGUCCACUAAGCUACUCCAACACCGAUUGUUUCCUCAUCUGCUACUCGAUAUCGAGCCGUACGUCGUACGACAACAUUCUAUCCAAAUGGUGGCCGGAGGUGCGAACUCACCUACCAGAGGCAGCGAUAGUGCUCGUAGGCACCAAAAGCGAUCUGCGCGUUCCGGGCUCGGAAAAGUUCGUCACCACGGCCGAGGGCAAAAAGAUGAAGCACAAAAUCAAGGCGUACGCGCUGGUGGAAUGCUCAGCAAAACGGAAAGAGAACCUGCACGAGGUGUUCAAGAAGGCGGUCCGGGCGGCGGAGAAGAGACCUUACAUGGGUCAUCGAUCCUGCACGAUACUUUAGUGGCCGUCCGGGACGGGUGCGAGUGGUUACGAUCAAUUCUUACGCUAAGGAUUACAGGAUAUUCCGAAAACACUCGGCUGGUUAGCUGAUAAAGCACCAAAUCCGACGAGCGAUACUCGAACCUAUCGUUUUGAUUCGGCGCCAGAAUGAUUAAGCUCCGUGAGAGUGUAUUCAUAUACAGUAAAUAGUCAAAACCGUAUAAAAAGAAAACACCCUAACUCUUAAUGGUUGUGGUAAGGCGUAACGAAUGAUUCCUAUAUGUUAUGUUUAAAUCCUCUCAUCUCGCGGCCAAUGCUAGUUUAAAGACGAACCGGUGUCGAUUAACGGUUUCUUUUGGUGCACCAAGCUAAGCGUUUAGUGCGCACAGUUUUGGCAGAGAAAUGUAGUUGUUAUCGAUUUUAAGCGAAAGCAGAACCGAGAGUGUUUAACGAUAGAAGAAAGAAAAAACAAUCUAGCAACGAUCGGUUGCAUUUGUACUGUAUUCUUGUUUUAUGUGCUUGUUGAAUAAACUAGUCAUUUUAAGUAGCAUACACA